AUGGUGGAUGUUGGCUGGCCCGGCGAUGCGGUGGGCUUCGGCGGGCCGAUGCCCGGCGGGGGCUGCAGAGUGGAGGCAGCGCUGGGCCUGAUCGCCGACGACCUGGUCUCAGGGGGCCAAGUACUGGAGGCCUCCCUCGCCAGGGCUCUUGUCCUGAUCUCAAAUCUGGGAUCCUGCCAAGAUGGCGGGGCGGGGGGAGCAGAUCGGCGGGGCGGGGCGGCCGGCUGCAGCUCCGGGCACGCGACACACCAGAUGGGGUGCGGCGGUCGGGCGCUGAACUGGGGGAGGGUGGCGGCGUCCUUGGACUUCGACGACUUCUCUGUCGCCAACCAAAGGGCGUUCCUGGCGCUGAUGGAGGCGUUUCAGCACGGGGGAUCGGGGGGAUUCCCGCUGGAGGCGGUGCUGGGCAGCGUUUGGAAGAAUGCCGAGGCGCAGGUGGAGUUUUUGAGGCACGCGGUCGCGGCGCCGUCGCGGCUGUUCCAGUUCCGGCCCGACCAGGCAGUUCUGCCGGUUGGGGGACGGGGCGGCGGGCGGGGGGCGGACGGGGCGGACGGGCAGGCGUGGGUGAGCCUGGACCUACUGGAGACGCUGUACAUGCUGGCCAAGGGCGGCCACGAGGUGGGCGUGCGGCAGGUGCUGGACCAUCUGGUUAGGCAUUGCAAGGAGGUGCUGCUUGUGGCCUUGGAUAGGAUGGGCGUCCCUGAGUGCGCUAUUUUCCAGGAGGCCUACCGCAACCUUGUUGAGCAUUUUUUGAGGCAGGCGGUGUGCUCGUCGGACUGUAACCCUGAGGAGGUGUGCUCAAUGGUGAAGAAUAUGGUGAUGGAGAGUGCGAUGAGUGAGCAGGGUCUGUGUGAUGGCUCUGGUAGUCAGAGCAAGGCAACAGUGUUGGAUGCCCGUCAGUCUGGCUUGGCACAGUGCUCUGUUGCCAAGAGCUUAUCUAUGCAGAGCGUCACACAAGAAUCGUCACUGGUGGGUAUGUCAAACCCGUGGCUGGGGUCGUCGAAGAGCGACAGCUGGGCAGAUGCAAUGCCAGUGGGUGGUGCAAAGGCUGCGGUUGUGAAUGGCAUGGACAGCAUAGACAGCACCAAAGCGUGUGCCACCAACAUACCCCUGAAUCCCAGCCCUGCCCUUCCUGACAUCGAUUCUGCCAAGUCUGGGAAUGGAUUGCAGACCAGGCGCACAAGGGCGAGCCUUGCUGUUGGGCUCUCUGAAGGUCAGCAAUGGGGAGGCACGCUGUCCAGCGAUCACCACCCUCCAAGCAGAACGCUAUCAACAUUCUUCCAGCACAGUACACAGCCAUCGCCUGAGGUCCAAGUCUUGUUGGCUGCCAUCCUGGAUGAUUUUUACGUAUCCCACUCCUUGGAAGAGAGGAUUCGCUCCAGUGUCCAUGGAGAGGACCUGUCCUGGCUGGGUGACUCCCUGCUGUGCAGGUGUUUGACAACCAUGGAACACCCACACGAAGGCUGCCUGGCCCGGGUCGAUGCUCUGCCAGAGCUGAGGGAGUGCAUGGUCAAGUCGGCCUGCCACUGCAUCAGGAAACUCGUGCAUUCGAAGAGGAUCAAGUCAGAUGCGGGCGAUCAGGAGUUGCUUCGACGCCUUGGCUCCUGGCUGGGGCGUUUGACACUUGCCAGGAACAGGCCCAUCAGGCUGAGGGACCUGGACUUGAAGACUGUCAUUAAGACGGCUCAACAGGAAGACUCCUUGCCAGCUGUGCUGCCAUUCCUUCUGGCUUUGCUGAAAGCUACAAGGGGCUCCCCGAUUUUCAACAAAGAGAACCCUUGGAUCAAGGCCAUCUUGGUUGAGUUGGCAGAGGUCCACAUGAGCGAGCCCUUGAUCGCAAGGCCCGAAAUCGACUGCAUUUUGGGCGUCUUUGAUGCGGAUCUGCCAGUUUUGAUCCAGCGCGGCUAUGGCAGCCCCUACCGGGCAAGGCAGCCUGCUGUGGGGGCCUUGUCAGCGCCAGUGAGCAACUUCUACCAAAACCGAGACGACUCACAGGUAUUGCAGGAGCAAGCUCGGCUGUCACAGCACAGAAUCCCUCGACAUCAAGUCCCAGCCUUGCAGCUCCAUGGAAUCCAGCAGAGGUGUCAUGUGGUGAACAGCAGGAGCACUGCUCCCUUGCCGUUGCGAGGCUUGGCGUCGCAGGCUCCCAUUUCGUCAUCUCUGCAGCCUGGCUGGAAUCCUCUUUCACGGGCAGACCAAAGCUGUACAAAGGGCACCCCGCAAUGCUUGACGAGUCAAGGCCAGCCUGCACCGCGUCAGUGGAGCUCAAGUGCCGGUAUGACAGGCCAAGUCCUCACAGACAAGCGGCUUUGCCAACCCACCAUCCGCGGCUCUCAAGCGGGCCGCAGGGCCCCACCUGCAAAGCGUCGAAACAUCGAGCGACCCGAAUGGGGGAAGCCAUGCUCUGGGAGGACAGCCAACACACACAGGACCCCUGGGCCAAUUCAGCGGGGCUGGCGCCGCCCAGUUCUGAAUGACGACAGUGGAAACCUUCGUAGUAUUGCCUGCUCAAGACAGAAAGGAAGGCUGGAGAGGGACAAGUGUGCGAGUGGACUGAUGAACCUGGCUGAGAGUGAAGCACGUGAGGGGUUUGAUAGCACAACGGUUGUGAGGCGGACUGCGAGGCUGCAGCCACAGGAGAGCGGUGGCUGCCAAAGGGAGCAGGAGUUGGAACAGGACAGCCAGGCCAUUGGGAUGACCAUUGGAUACAAAAGGGACAACAAACACACGAAAGACAAAACGAAUAGUAGGAACAGCAACACAUCAAAAACUUCACACUGUAAGAACGGGGGCCUGCACGUUGACUCCAAGUUUCGCAGUGACAUACAAGCCUGCGAGAAAUGCGGAAAUGGCCGCAGUGCUGGUAGAUGCAAGGACAAUAAUUUUGCUGGCCGUUGUGGCCAUGCACCUGGCCUGGUUGCGAUCCAGCAACACCAGUGCAGGCAUGGAGGGUGCUUGCAACAGGGCAGUGGGCACAGGACCAGUGGCUGCAAACGCCAGACUGAAUCAAGGAGCCCUGGUUCAAGCCCCAAGGGUAGGCGGCAGCGUGCGACUGGAAUGACCGAUCCUGCUGGGCUGGCACGGGUGGUCGCAGUCCCUUGCAGGAACGCUCAGCUGAGAGGCCGCAAAGCUGAUGAGCUGGACGUCUGGCCAGGAAGCCAUCAGGUGGUAGACGGUUUGAAAUCGGGCAUCUCAGGCAGGAAAGCAGGUAGUGUGAUGGGGCGCCGUGGCUUGGCAGCAGGUAGGGGGUGUGCGCAAGGGACGCAUUGCACAUCAAGGGCAGGCGCCUCGCCACAAGUCGUUUGCAAGGCGCCGGAGAGAAGGAACGCAACAUCCAGCCCAAGGAGUCGGCCGAAUGGCAAUGCCCGCUGCUCCAGAAUGGCCCGCAGCGAGCGUGGGGCCCAACGCAGUUGGGGGGAGAAUGGACGCAAAGCAAAUGCCCUGCAUGGAAGCGUCAUGCAACAGGCCAACAAGGGUCUAUGCAGGCAUGCCCAUGGCUCAGCCUCUGAUGCGAAGAUCGGGACCUGUGCCCGGCAACGGGCUGAAAAGGGCAAUGGUGACAUAGCCGACGAACGGCGACAUGCAAAACGGAACAAGAAAAUGAGCGGAGGCGGGCGGCCUUACCAGCAGAUGCAGCCUAAGGCAGACAGGGCCAGGCAUCCGACACUGGACAUGUCAGCCAUCUCUGCGUGA